UCUCAACCAUCAAACAACUCAGUAGCUUAAUCAGCACCUACUUACCCUCUCUCAAAGUUAUUACACAUGGCAUCCACGGCUCUCUCGUCUCCAUUCAUAGGCAAAGCCAUUAUUCCUUUAAACACAGAGACAGGGCUUUUAGCUGUCCAAGGCAAUGGUAGGGUUUCUAUGAGGAAGACAGCAAAGAAGCCAGCUGCUUCAUCAGGCAGCCCCUGGUACGGCCCUGACCGUGUCAAGUACCUUGGACCAUUCUCCGGUGAGGCUCCAUCUUACCUAACCGGCGAGUUCCCUGGUGACUACGGGUGGGACACCGCAGGGCUAUCAGCCGACCCAGAGACUUUUGCCAAGAACCGUGAACUCGAGGUCAUUCACUCCAGAUGGGCAAUGCUUGGGGCUCUGGGCUGUGUUUUCCCUGAGCUUCUUUCCAGAAAUGGAGUCAAGUUUGGUGAAGCAGUGUGGUUCAAAGCUGGAGCUCAGAUCUUCAGCGAGGGUGGCCUGGACUACCUUGGAAACCCAAGCUUAGUUCAUGCACAGAGCAUCUUAGCAAUAUGGGCAACCCAGGUUCUUCUCAUGGGAGCUGUUGAGGGUUUCCGCAUUGCUGGAGGGCCACUUGGAGAAAUCACCGACCCAUUGUACCCAGGAGGCAGCUUUGAUCCUUUGGGGCUUUCAGAUGACCCAGAGGCAUUUGCAGAGCUUAAGGUGAAAGAGCUUAAGAAUGGAAGACUUGCCAUGUUCUCCAUGUUUGGCUUCUUUGUGCAGGCCAUUGUAACCGGAAAGGGCCCUAUUGAGAACCUUGCUGACCAUCUGGCUGACCCUGUUAACAACAAUGCCUGGUCGUAUGCCACCAACUUUGUACCUGGCAAGUGAGGACACCUAGCUAGUUACCAACACAAGAUCUAGCUAGCAGCUACGCACUUAUUUCUAUGUAAUUUAAGCUUCAAAGGAUGGACUCCUCAAAAAUUGAAAUCUAUCAUAAGAAAUUCUAAAUCAAGUGAUCCGAACUGGAAAAAAUGGCUAAAGAUAUACAUUAUGUUGGGCAUCAAAGUCUCUCUAGCCGGGUUUACAUUUGUGAUUGUAAUAUAAAUGGUUAUGUUAGGAAAUGUAUGCAACUAGAAGGAUGAGCAGUCGAGCAUUUGGUCUUGCAAGAGUAAACAAGUUGUUGCAUAACAAUGUAAGAACUCUUCCAAGGUGGUCACUCAAUAGAAGCAAUUAUAAGCAAA